AACUGGAGACAGCUAUUCUUUAUCAGAAUUGUUACAGCAGUAGUUCCACAACUGGAAGUGCAGUUACUUUCACAUUAAAAGUUGUUAGCAUCAGGCAAAGCAGUCCAGCAUUAGGCAUCCCUCUAUCUAUCUGUUUCAGAGCAGUUUGCUUCUCAUGGACUUCUCCAUUAGUUCUGUGUUCUUCCUGAUCAUCUCUCACUAUGCCUGGGAUGUAGAAGGACAACGUUAUAAUACUACUUUCAUCACAGUGCCCAAUGGAGGGCGAUGGGGUACUUGGGGGCCUGUUCAGUUUUGUCCCCGACCCCGAGGAUAUGCUCAUGGUUUCUCAUUGAAGAUACAGACAUUCUUAGGUCCUGGAACCAGGUUUGAUGAUACAGCAAUGAAUGGAAUUCGGCUGUACUGUGAGAAUGGGGCAGUCAUUGAGUCUGCAGUUGCUCCGUGGGGAUUAUGGACAAAGCCAAAGUUUUGCCAUAAAGGUUAUGGCCCUCUGAGAGCUUUCUCUAUGAGGGUAGAACCAGACCAAGGAAGUGGUGAUGAUACAGCCGUCAACGAUGUCCAGUUCAUUUGUGGAGAGAAACAUAAAUUGUUCGGCGGAGGCCUUAACUGGGGUACUUUUGACAAGUGGAGCAAAGCCUGCCCAGAUGGCUAUGUGUGUGGAUUACAAACAAAAGUGCAGGAAGAUCAAGGUGAGGGUGACAACACAGGACUGAAUGAUAUUAAGCUCUUCUGCUGUAGUGGUUGA